AUGUCAUCUGCAGCUUCAAAAGUCUCAAGUGGUGAGGAAACCAAAUCCGCAUUCAUCAUUGAUUUCUUAAUGGGUGGUGUUUCAGCAGCUAUUUCCAAAACAGCAGCUGCUCCAAUUGAACGUGUUAAAUUAUUAAUCCAAAAUCAAGAUGAAAUGAUCAAACAAGGUCGUUUAUCCCAUAAAUAUAACGGGAUCAUUGAUUGCUUUAAACGUACUGCUGCUGAUGAAGGGGCCAUCUCAUUCUGGAGAGGUAAUACUGCUAAUGUUAUUCGUUAUUUCCCUACUCAAGCUUUAAAUUUUGCCUUUAAAGAUAAAUAUAAAGCAAUGUUUGGUUAUAAAAAAUCUGAAGGUUAUUGGAAAUGGUUUGGUGGUAAUUUAGCAAGUGGUGGGUUAGCUGGUGCAACUUCAUUAUUAUUUGUUUAUUCAUUAGACUAUGCAAGAACUAAAUUGGCCAAUGACGCUAAAUCUGUUGCUAAAGAUGGUGGUGGUCGUGAAUAUAAAGGGUUGUUGGAUGUUUAUCGUAAAACUUUAGCUUCUGAUGGUGUUGCAGGUUUAUAUCGUGGGUUCUUACCUUCAGUUGUUGGUAUCAUUGCUUAUCGUGGGUUAUAUUUUGGGUUGUAUGAUACUUUGAAACCAACAUUAUUGACUGGUAAAUUACAAGGUAAUUUCCUAGCUUCAUUCUUAUUAGGUUGGGCUGUUACUGUUGCUGCCUCUACUGCAUCUUAUCCAUUAGAUACCGUUAGAAGAAGAAUGAUGAUGACUUCUGGUCAAGCUGUUAAAUAUGCUGGUUCUUUAGAUGCGUUCCAAAAAAUCUUGGCUGCUGAAGGUGUUGGAUCUUUGUUUAAAGGUGCUGGUGCCAACAUCUUGAGAGCUGUUGCUGCUGCUUUGGUUUUGUCAUUGUAUGAUCAAGCUCAAAUCUUGUUGUUGGGUAAGAAAUUCAAAUGA